AUGGGCAAAGGAAAAGGCAAGUAUGGUAAAGAUGGAAAAGAUGGCAAAGGAGGCUCCAAAGACGGAGCAGCCAAUCUUGCCGAUGCUGCCCAGGGUAGCACCUCGACUGCUGCCGCAACUACUUUCGUCGUUGACCACUCGAACUUCUACAACCUUUCUUUCAUGGCCACUGAAAACCAUGAAGCCUUCAUCACGCAGCCCUUGACUCCAACCUCGAUGGUGUUGGAUCUGGGAUGCACGAGGGAUAUGACAUCGAGAGUGGCCACGCAGGACAUGAUGAAGUUCUGCGACCCGAACAAGUCGACAAAGCGCAAGCAGAAGCUCGUCAUUUGCAUGUACGACCGUGAGUUCUCAGUCCAGUCCACUGAGUUCGACAUCGUCGAGUUUCAUUUCGACCUCCAACCGGACAAGGCUUUGUUGAGCAGUCCAAUACUGGGGAUUCAGAAGAUGGACCCCGAGGAACCUGAGAACCUCGUUUUUGCGACUGACGAUGAGUGGAUGAUCGACGAGAACAAGAUGGAGCUGAUCCGCGUGCACAAGAAGAUGAGGCAGAUCAAGUACGACCCAAAGGAUGGACACACGCCUGUGCCGUUGGAGUUCCUGGACACCACCAGGAAAACGAUCAUGGAGUGCUCCAAGGAUCAUUUGAUCGGUUGGAUUCUUGCAGAAGGAUAUGAUUCCUCAACCAUCUUUGAUCCACGGUUCACCGUUCUGCUGUCCCAGUGUGUCACUGGAACGCGGAAGCACUGCCAGUUCUUCCUUCUUCUGAGGAGUACUCGCUCUUAUCGAAUAACUGACAGGGGAACGGAGUUAGAAGUUCACACUACCACUUCGUCAGAGGCCGUCUCCUUAAGGCCGAUGAGUAAGAAUGUGCGGGUGUUGACUCUUCCGUACCGGGAGUUUGAGUAUUGCAAUGUUUACAGGGGAUAUGCAAGCAGACCAUUGGUCCAUGAUUGUAUCAGUGAGACUAGAGGUUAUGAAGAUCCGCAUGGUGAUAUGCCUGUGGAUGAUGAGGAGAUGCCACCACCUCAAGGCCAACAGCCUGAACCGGACCUUGACAAUGAUCCGAUAGAGCUGGGCUCUGGCAGUGAUCCUCCCGGAGCUCCUCCCGGAGGUGGCACUCUUGUGCCGGUACCGGAGGAUGACAGCUCCGACUUGGAUAUGCCUUAUGAUCCGUCGAACGAUGAUGGAGGCCAUCCACCAGGUGUUAAGUCCACCUAUGCCGUGGCCUGCACCGGCAACACCGAUAGUUAUCCGAUAGUUCCAGUGCCUAUACCUCUGCAUCCGCAGUUUCCUGUUCCGCAGAGUUUGAGGGCCGUUCAUCCUGUGGGACCACCGGUUGUUCUUUUGCCUGGUCAAUCAGCAGGGAAGAAGGAUCCCGUGCCUGAGGGUGACUUCCCUUCUCAUGACGAACCGCCGGUGCCGGAUGCUGAUGGUGACAGCGAUUCGGAUGCUACUGUUGACUAUCAUGAGGACAGCUUGCUUGCUCUUGCAGUUGGUGACGAAGAUUCUUCGAAGAUGUCUUGA